CAUUACGAUUUUUUUAUCCAAUUAAAUAUAUUAUAUGUUCUCUGAUAUUGUCUAUUAUUUGUCAAUUUCAUUUCCUUAUCUUAUACACGUUCGCGGAAAAAUAUUUCCACUUUUGUAUAAAAAGUUGCAGCCGUUUCCUAAUUUAUUAAAUUUCUCGUUAAUACAUUUCAAUUAGCCGAACUACAAAGUAAAAUAAAUUGAUUUGUGGAAAAUGUGAUGUAUUCUUAUUGGAAAAGAUAGUUGUCUGAUAUUUAAGUUGUGCAUUGUUUGUGUAUUUCAAUUAAAAUCUACACAUCGCGAAUAUUACAUCAAUUAUUCUUAAAACGGACUAAAAUCUGCUGGGCUAGUGAAAAAGAAAUCACACUAAAGUAUGUGGCUUGUACUAGAAAUGCAAAAAUUUGAAUUUGACUAAAAAUAGAGGAAGCGCUUCAUAUAACGUACGCACGCUGGUGUUUAUAUAUAUGUAGAUGUGUGUUUACGGUGGGUUCCCCAACCUUGAUAAUUGUUAACAGCAUAAUAAUACAAGCAUCGAUAAGUAUUUAUUAAUGCAAAUUAAGAGGAACGAGAGGAACUGUAGACUACUUUUUUGCUAGCCUAAGAGAUAAGAGGUUUUAUUGCUGGUGGAGAUAACAAGAAAAUCGCAACGAAUAAGCGGAAGUGUUCAUAGCAAAAUAGUAAUUGCUGUCAAUGACAUCACAAGUAGCACACCAUCAAACCUAAAUACGGUAGUGUCAAUAUAGUGAACUACUUUCACAUACAAUACAAGCCAGAGUCUAUUCUUAUUGCAACAGUUCAACAUACAACGCAUGUGUACUAAUUAAAUAAGUUGGAAAGAAGCGUCGACCUAGUAACAUCUUGAAUGAUUUAAAGUCUUUUAAUUGUACUCGCAAUAAGGAUGGCCGGUGGCGCUGCUUCCAUAACGCAGGGUAGCUCCGACAACCGUGCUAACCCAACAUGCACAGUUUGUUCAUCACCCACAUAUUCUCGUAAUGGAAAUAAUGAUAAUUUUAUGCAAAUUAUACAUUCCGAAGCGUUGAUGAAGGGCCUUAAUGCGUUACGUUGUGCGGAAAAAUUAUUCGAUGUUACACUGAUUGUGGAAGGACGCAUAUUUAAGGCUCAUCGCGUUGUAUUGGCCGCGUGCAGUGAUUACUUUUGUGCCAUGUUCACCGAUGCCAUGCGGGAAGCUCACCAAUCCGAAAUAAAAUUGAAUGGCAUAAACGCGCAUGGUAUGGAGCUGCUGCUGGAGUAUGCCUACACAUCAAAAUUGGAAUUAGAUCGUAAUAAUGUGCAAGACGUGUUAUCUGUGUCGACGCAUGUGCAGAUGAAAGCAGCCAUUGAUGCCUGUUCACAUUUCCUUGAGUCACAAAUUGAUUUGGACAAUUGUGUCGCAAUCGCUGCUUUGGCGGACUUGUAUUCACUAGACCCACUCAAAAAGAAAGCCUAUCGCUACAUGUGUUCACGACUCGAUGAGUUUGCACAAACCCCAGAUUUAUUAAGUCUCACAUUGGAACAGUUUGAACAUGUACUCGCUUGCAAUUACCCGGUGGAUUGCUCAGAACAAAGAGUGCUCGAGAUUGUACUCGAAUAUUGUUUAGAAUCUGAUCUGAAGCCAGAGCUCACACGACGUCUCUUCGGUAAGGUACAAUUUCAACAAAUCGGCGUUUGUGCGCUGAAUGCCAUUAAGUCUAAAUGGCAUGCAGAAACUGAACCGAAUACGAUUUCCUCGUCGUACUAUCGCAUAUUGAAAGAUGAAAUGAUUAAGCAAGAAAUGUUGAAGUUGCGCUUAUCCGAUGCUUAUGCAGAUGAUUUACUCUCCGCGGAGGUCUUAACGAAUACACGUGGCAUGGAGUUGGCCUUGGUAAAGAUUGGGGGCUUCGAAACAAAUGGGCUAACAAAUCGUAUUAGCUGUUAUCUGCCAUCCAAAGGCAAAUGGGAGAGUCUCACCGUUAUACCACACAUCGAACAAUGUAAUUACGGCACAGCAGUGUUGGGCAAUGAUUUGUAUGUGGUAGGCGGCUCAUAUGAUGUCUGCCUCAAGGAGUACAUACAUCCCUUUGGCUUUCGCUACUGUCCCGCCAAGAAUAAAUGGAAAAGUAUUGCGCCCAUACAAGCCGACCGCUGUCGUUUCUCCCUAAAUGCUAUGGGUAGUCACUACCUGUAUGCGGUGGGUGGUGUUUGUGAGCUAAACGAGAAUGAUGGCGGCGCCGAACUAUGGGCACACGAUAUGACGGUUUCCAAUUGUGAACGUUACGAUGCCAAUACUGAUCGCUGGGAGUAUUUGCCCGCGUUGUCGGAGAAUCGCAGUCAGCAUGCGGGCGUUGUUCUGGGCGAUCAGUUGUAUAUAUCGGGUGGUAUCGAUCGGCACAUUGUAUUGGCCUCACUUUGGCGAUUCGACACAAAAUCCAACCAAUGGCAUAAGCUCUGCCCGAUGCCAACACCGCGCGCCGACCAUGUGCUCAUCGUGUUCGAUGGUCGCAUUUAUGCCUUUGGCGGUUGGUAUGAGGAUCCAGUGACUGAAAUGCGCGUAUUGGCUGAUGCUGUCGAUGUGUACGAUGUGACAACUGAUCAAUGGAUUACCGAAUCGCGCAAUCCAAUGCCUAAGUAUUAUACAGGCGUAGCUGCGGUCAAACGAAAGGUAUACUUUAUUGGCGGUUUGCUCUCUACGGCUACCAUUAAUCGUGCCACAUCCGCGGUGCAAUGCUACGACUUGGACACAAAGCAAUGGGCCUUCAGUUCGGAGUGGGAGUACCCAAAGGAGGUGUGGGAGAGCACAUGUGCGGCCUUUUAUGUGCCACGCGAACGCGAUAAUGUCAAGUACUAUUGGGAUGAUGUGUGAGAAAGCGAAAAUCGUAUUUGAUUCGAGAGUAGUGUAGUAGUCAAGGAAUAAAGCUAAGUUAUUUAAAAUCCAUUGAAAAAAA